AUGCCGAACGUGCUGGUCGUAGGCGCCACUCGAGGGCUGGGCUACGAGAUCGCCAAGCGAUAUGCUUCGCUUGAGUACUCUGUGACUGGCACCGCACGAUCUGGCCCACCCGAGCAUGCACACCAUGACAUUCAAUGGAUCUCCGGCGUCGAUGUUGCAACGGAAGAAGCUGGCAAGAAGAUUGCCGAGGGAUUGAAAGGUCACAAGCAAGAUAUUGUGAUCAUUACCGCGGGUUUCUUUGGCAAGGAGUCCUUCGACGAGCCUGAUUAUAGUGCAGAAGUGGCAAUGUACAAGACAUCCGCCAUUGCGCCUGUCUUCAUCACACACCAUCUCCACAAGGCUGGUCUACUGCGCACGGGUAGUCACGGCAGUAAAAUCAUUAUCGUCAGCUCAGAGUCCGGAUCGAUCACCCUUCGGCACGAGAGCGAGGGCGGUGGGAUGUUUGGCCAUCAUGCGUCCAAAGCGGCUUCGAAUAUGGUCGGUAAGCUGCUAUCGCUCGACCUCAAAGAUCAAGGCGUUGCGGUCGGCCUCGUCCAUCCAGGUUUCAUGCGUACUGAGAUGACAAGAUCUGUCGGCUUUGAUCAGUUCUGGGAUGCGGGCGGUGCUGUGACGCCAGCUGAGGCCGCCAAAUCGUUGGUGCAGUGGGUGAAUGAGGACUUCGAUAUCAGUAUGACAGGGCAGUAUUGGGCUCCUAGGGGACCUGGCGACAUUGGAACAGCAGGACCAGUGCUCGGUGAUACAGAUAAGCUAUCUACGCCACUGCAACUGCCAUGGUGA